AGAAAAUGCCCAAAAACAAAAAAUUAAAUAAAAAAUCAGCCUUAUCUGGCAAAGAUGAUCUUCUUCUUGACCUUGCCAAAAAUCCAAUAUUUAAUGAAAUGCCCAUCAAGAAAAAUAAAAUCAAGAUUGACAAGCGUUUUGAGGCCAUGCUUACUGACAAACGCUUCGAUGAUCGGGAUUUUCGUGUGGAUAAAAGAGGAAAACCAAUUAGAGGACAAGGAGGAAACUUUGCGAAGAGAAUAUACGAAAUGAGUGAAGGGAGCGAGGAAAGUGAUGAAAAUGGGAGUGAAGAUGAUAAGGAAAAGGAGGAAAACGACAUUGAAGAUACCGAGGGAGUGGACGACGUCAAAGAUAGGAGUAACGAGGAAAAGAAUGAUGAGGAAGAAAGCGAUCAAGAAGAGAAGGAUGACGACGAAGAUGACGAAUCAAGCGACGACGAUGAAUUGCCUCAAAUUUCAUUGGAUUUAGCUAGAGGUGAAGCACCGGACGUUAAUUCUAGUAGCAGUGAAGAUGAAGAAGAUAAAUCUGAGAUUUCUGAUGAAGAAAAUACUGGGCCAGACUUGGAAGAGGGAGUAAGACGUGUGGAAUGGGCAAGUACUCGUCUGGCAAUUUGUAAUAUGGAUUGGAGCAAAAUUAGUGCAGAGGCCUUAAUGAUUGUCAUUCAAUCACUAAAGCCGUCCUCAGGUGUAAUCCAUUCAGUAUCCGUUUAUUUGUCGGAUUUUGGAGCAGAACGUUUAGAAUAUGAAAAAUUACAUGGACCAAAGAUUAUCGUGCAGCCAUCAAAAAGAAAAGAUCAAAGCGAUUUGGAAGAGCGAACUCGUCAAGCAAUUCACGCUUACGAACUCGAUCGUCUUCGUUAUUAUUAUGCCGUUUGUCAUUGUGAUACUUUAGAAACAGCAAUCGCCAUUUAUGAGGCUUGUGAUGGUGUUGAAUAUGAAUCUAGUGGUGUUCGAUUUGAUUUACGUUUUAUCCCAGAUGAAAUGGAAUUUGAGGAAAAUAGACUUCGUGACAGAAUAACUCAAGAAGAAAUUAAUUUGGCUAGAUUUAAACCAAAGAAUGUAAAAACCCAUCCACUACAAUGCUCAAAUCCAAAACUUAGCUGGGAAGAAGGAGAUUUGGAAAGAAAAAUGAAAAUGAAGAAUGCUUUUGGACCUGAAACAAAAUUGGAAGAUUUUGAAUCUUUAGUCGCCCCUGGUUCAGAUGAAGAUGAAGAGACACAGAAAAAUCGUUACCAAAUACUUAUUUCUGCUGCUAGAGAAUCAGCUUUGGAAAAAGGAGAUAUGUUUUCUGUUAAACAAUUUUCUAAUAAAGAAGAAAAGGAAGAAACUGAACUUUUGUCUAAUGAAAAGUUUGUGUCAUUAAAUGAUAAAAAAGAUGGAAUUGUGGAAGAUUCUAAUGAAGAUUCUGAUGAAAAUGAAGAAAUAGAAGUUGGAAAAAAGAAACAAACAAAAUUUCAAAUUUAUUUGGAAAGAAAAAAGAAAAUUAAAGCAGAAAGAAAGAAAAAAGAAUUGGAACAAAGAAAGGAAAGAAAAAGACAAAAUAAAGGAGAAAAUGAGGAAGAGGAUGGGAACAAUGAAAAAAAUGAUGAUAAUGCAAAUUGGCAUCAAGUAAAGAAAGAUGAAAGGUUUACAGCUCUCUUUCAUGAUAGUGCAUUUGCGAUAGAUAAAACACAUUCUCAAUAUAAAGGAGGGGAUUUAGCUAAUAGACAGGUUUACGGCAAAAUAUCUCAAAAAAGACGGAUAGAAACAACAACAAAUGAUUCAUUACCUGAUAAGGAAGAUAAUAAUUCUUUGGUAGAAAGAUUAAAAAGAAAACAAAAGAAAUUAAUGGAAAGUGAAGAUAUUGAAAAAUAA